AUAUUUUAAAUCGAUCAAUUAGUCAUUAAUUUCGCUGAAAUAUUGUAUUUCUCUUUUACAUGUACCCGCGUGCAAGUUAAUGGCGGUAAAAACAAAACGAUACACAACCACAUAAAUCGCCCUUAAUGGAAUGUGCGAUUAGACAUGUCAGCCAAAUAUAAAGGGUUUACCUUCAAAAAAGUGACAGAUAUCCAGACACCAAGGCCAGAAAAUGCUUUACCAUCAUGUGGAGCAUCACCUGCAGCAAAUUCAUCCAUUGUUCAGUCCAGGAAAAUCCAAUCAUCUAUGUCAUCAUUUACACUUACAACAACAACAGCAACAACAAACAAACCAGUAGCAACUGUUCCACCACAGGGGCCAAGAAUGAAGGUGCCUGGAUCUAAAUAUGGAACAUCAUUCAACACAGAUGCAGCAUCUGCUAACGGGGUCAAAGGGACAAAAGAAACCAGUGAUACAUCCUUUAAAGAAAAUAUUUCUUCACUUACCUUUGUUGUAGAUGAUGAUGAUGAUUUUGACAUGCCAGUUUUGGCGCCAGUUACACCAAGGAGCCAGAGGAAGAGAGAAAAAGAGAGUUCAUCUGAUAGUGAUGAAGGCAUUGCUCCAGUGCGCAAACAUCGAAGUCUGGUACUCAGCAGUGAUGAUGAAAAUGAUACUGAUAUUUCUUCAGGGAGAGCUAAUUUUCCACUUUCCCAGCAAAGGAGUAAUUUCUUGAUUAAUGCAAAGACCAGUUCAGCAUUGCCUGAAUGUGGAAGUGGGAAUUCUAAGACUGCUUUACCUCAGCAUCAAAAAGGAUUUUGUUCCUCAACACCUAAAAUGACCCCAGCCACAAAAGUUCCUUCCAAGAUCAGUACUUCCACAGAAAAUAGUGACAACACCAUCUGAAAAGCCUGUGGCUAGAAAUGAAUUCAAAGCAGAC